AUGCUGGGAGACUCAGAGAUCACUGGGCUUCCAGGCGAUAGGCUAAAGAAUCAGCUCGAAUAUGCAUUGCUUCCAAAUGGAAUCAACCAACAGGAGCAGUUUCUUCCAAUCGGCUCCCUUCACUCCAUUUGCAACCAAGCAGCUGUGUUCACUGAACUUUCUAGGUACUUUGACGAGGAACAGGCUAAGCAAUACACAACAUAUGUCUGCGACCAGAGCAAACCCGCCAGAAAGAUAUUUACUGUUUUAGCUCUGAUCAAUCGCAUUGAACUGGUCCCAACUUUCCAAGACGCCGGGUUCUUUGACGAAGACUUGCCACUCACGAAGAAUACUGAAAAUUUGGAGUUGCGAUCUCGCCGCCCAGAAGAUCAACGAUCCAUCCCGCUAACGAGAAGUCUCCAGAAUGUCAAGAUGAUACGCGACUUUAAUGUGAAACAGUGGUGCGUACAUGUCCCGUCUUUUGAAAAGGACGUCACUAGAAGCUAUGAGGAUUUCGUGCUUGAGUCAGAUACCAUCAUGCCGUGGGAAUCUUCUGGACAAAACAUCGUCACUGGAGGGUAUGGAUAUGUUCAAAAGGUCAAGAUUCACAAAGACCACCACUCUUUCGCGGAACACAAGGGGUUUGCAUUAAAGACUAUACUACCAGCAAAAGAACGCACUCGAGAUGUUUUCAAGCAGGAGUUGAUUGCUUUUCGCAAGGUCCGUCCCGGGCCGAAUCUGGUUGAGCUCGUCUCCGCAUUUGAGAUAUCGGGAAAAGAUCAGUUUAUGCUUUUAUUUCCCUGGGCUGAUGGGGGUAGCAUGGACGACAUGAUGAAUCAGUCGUCAAAGAAUCUCUUCAUUUCUCUGAACUUGUCGUCUCGAGACUUUGUCCAAUGGAUCUUAUCCCAAUGCCGUGGCUUGGUGGAAGCUCUCGCGGCAAUUCAUCAAGUCGACGUCGUUCCCAAGUCCGACGAGGGAUCCUCUACCGGCCAAGCUAGAAACUUUGGGAUACACCUUGAUAUCAAACCAACCAACAUUCUCUACUUCUGCCAAGAUACAGCCAGUCACGCACUUGGAGUUCUCAAAAUUGCAGACUUUGGUCUCACCAAGUUUCACAGUUUAUCAUCUCGGACGAGAAAGAGCCGUUGUACUGCGUACAGAUGCUCGCAAGAAUACCGCUCCCCCGAACACGACAUCGGCUAUAUUAUAUCAAGGAAAGUGGAUACAUGGGCACUUGGCUGUAUCUUCUCUGAAGUCUUCACCUGGAUGCUUUUCGAACACGAAGCACGCGAAGAAUUUCGCCGAGCGAGAACGAGGGAUGCCUUAAAGGUGGAAGCAAGAUUGGAUGAAUCGAGUUCAUCCACGGACUCCAACAAGAUCAAUCAAAUUCAGACACCGAGGCUUAAGCCCAGUGUAUCACAGGCACGUAAAUCUUUCGCUGCACAAUUUGGAAUGUGUCUUAAUAAGCUAACAGCCUCGAAGUGGAUUGCAAAACUUGGACACGAAAUAUGUCGCAAGAACGGACCAGCAUUCCUUACAUGGGUCCUAGAAUUCAUCAAAGAUGAGAUGUUACACCCAGAGAGGGAGGAUGGAGCUGAUUGUGAGAGGAUUGUGGACUAUUUUGAUAGGUUUGUGAACAAUAGGGUAUAUGAAGAUUGGGACAUUGAUUUAUAG